AUGGCCUGUGUGGAUGCAGAUGGACUUUUUUUAAAAAUUGAUGUUUGUGAUUAUGGGCGAAACAGUGAUGGCAGAGUAUUUAGAAGGAGUUCGCUUGGAAUAACCUUAGAAAACAACGCACUGGAUAUUCCUGAACCUAAAGUAUUACCUGGAUGGGAAAAUAAGGACAAAUGUCCACACUAUUUUGUGGCAGAUGAAGCGUUCCCCCUAAAAACCAAUAUAAUGCGACCAUUUCCAAAAAGGUCAUUGAAUAAAGAGAGACGCAUUUAUAAUUACAGAUGUUCUAGAGCAAGGAGGAUUGUGGAGUGCAGUUUUGGAAUGCUUGUGUCAAAGUUUAGACUUUUUGAACAACCUAUAGGUUGCAAAGUAGAAACAGCCGAAACAUUGAUUAAAGCAGCAUGUGUUUUACAUAAUUUUAUUCGCAUAAAAGAAGCCGUAUUUUCAACACCUUCACACCCAUCAACCAUCAAUUCAAUGGGAUAUCAAAAUAUUGAGGAUCAAGGAAUAAGACCAACAAGAGCAGAAGAAAGAAACAGAGAUUUUUUAUGUGACUAUUUUGUAUUAGACGAGGGAAAAGUCCCAUGGCAGGACAAUUUCUCAUAA